AUGACCGGGGCUCCGCCAUAUCACCCUCAGUCUCCGACUCAGCAAUCUCAUUACGCUGGAUAUUCGCCCUCGAAUAAACCGCGUCACUACUACCCUAACAGCGAACACUACCAGCAACAACCACCCCAAACACCUCCUGCCUUUCCGCAGCCGAACCUGGCGCGGAGCCCUCACUACUCACACGCACCUUCGCCCUUGCCAGGCGCUCUGCCUCCAUUGAAUGGCGGCGCACCCACGCCAGCACAUCCAUCCGAUCCUUCGCCGCAAUACCAGGCACACUCAGCUGCAGGGACUCCACAGUACCCCCUUCCACGGCCUUACUCCGGCUCCCUGUUACCCGCCAGUGGAACAUCUCCAUACGGUCCUUCUACUCCUUCACAUGCUCACCCGUCCAGUCGACCAGAUAGCCAUGCUCAUGUGUCGCCUAAAAAAGAGCCGGAGUCACACUUUGCAGUGAACCAUGGAGCGCCUGCGUACUCUGUGAUGCGCGAGCCACAGGCUUCGCCUCCAAAGGAAGCUAAACCUGCCCGUGCCGCGGACCCCAUGUCGUUUGCUAGCAUUCUUUCGGGACCCACCGAGGAGCAAGCUCCUCCCAAAAUACAGUCUCCUACGCCUGGACUAGGUACAAUUCAUUCAGCGGUUCCAGCCGCCAAUGCUACAAGCCUAAACCCUCCACCGGCUUCUUUUCAUCCUAAAGUCGGAGACAUUGAGCCUGUUCCUCCCGUCUCGGCUCCACGAUUGGAGAAGAAACCUAGCGCGGAUAAACGCCAACGUAAUACCGAGAAAGAAGACCUGAAAAGCGCCGAGAAUCCAACCAACGGUGUGACGGAACCUCCCAAGAUUCUCCGCCCACCUCGCAGGAUUAUGUCAGAAAAGGAGACGGAAAUGGUGAACAAAUACAUGGUCGAGAUCGAUAAUGCAGAGAAGAGUGAUGUCGAAGCCCCAGGAUUUGAACAAGAACGUGAACGCUAUAUUCUCAAAGGAAAGAAGCGCGCCUUAGAUGUUGAACGUGCCGAGAGCAUCAGGCGCAAGCGUCGCCGCCACGAUUAUCUUCUUAAACUCGGAAAAUCGUUUGAGAAACAAGCUAACGCGGGUAUGGAUCGGUUCCGAUACGCAAACGAAGCCUCAGUCAUUUCCGAAGUUCAAGCGAAAGAAAUUCAGGAUGAAAAGGAACGCAAGAAGGAUAUGCAGCGGAAACGCCGAAGGGAGAACACAGUGCGAAUGGAAAUGCAGAAGAAGCUCGAAGCAGAGCUUAAAGCGAAUGAGACCCAGGACUCUGCCGAGAAAGCCAAAUUCUUACGGGAAGCCGAACGGGCGCAAAGGAAGAUUAAAACUACUAAACGGGCCUUGGAAGGCGUCACUGAACCCGAAGAGAUUGGCGAAAUUACCCCAUUGGCUCCCAACCUGGAAGGAGGUAUAACCAGUUCCUUUCACAUUGGCCGAAGCUCUCCGUCGAGGCGCAAAACCGGACGCGGUGGUCCCGUUACACGGCCGAAGAAGUCAAAGGAGCAGAAGCAAGCCGAAAAGGAUGCUGCUGAAGCUGCAUAUGCCGCUAUGGAGAACGACGAGCCCUUGCCUCUUGCUCCCAGGGAAGACCCACGAAAGGAGUCCCUCAAGAAGGAUGCCAAGGGUGGUCGCUCUAAGGAAGCCACCCCAGUUCCCGUGUCCACAUACGAGUCAAAGGGCUACAAUCAGAUUUAUGAACAGAUCUGGAGGGAUAUCGCACGAAAAGAUAUUCCCAAGGUCUACCGCACCAAAGUCAAUUCUUUGAGCACUCGGCAAGAGAAUUUGCGCAAAACAGCUCAACUAGCCAGCAAGCAGUCUCGCAAGUGGCAGGAGCGAACUAAUAAGAGUAUGAAAGAUACACAGGCACGCGCUAAACGGACGAUGCGUGAGAUGAUGUCCUUCUGGAAGCGGAACGAACGUGAGGAGCGUGACUUGCGCCGCCUCGCCGAGAAGCAAGAACUUGAGUCUGCGAAGAGGGCAGAGGCAGAGCGCGAAGCCAACCGCCAGAAGCGCAAACUCAAUUUCUUGAUCUCGCAGACUGAAUUGUACUCUCAUUUUAUUGGUCGCAAGAUCCCGGGGGCAGGCGGGGAGUCUGGGGACGCAGGGGUGCAGGGCACCGAAGCCAUGGAUUUGACUCCUGGCGCGGGUGCGAAAGUCACUAACUUUGAAGACCUCGAUUUUGAUGCAGAGGAUGACACCGCUUUGCGACAGGCUGCCAUGGCCAACGCCCAGAGUGCAGUUCAAAAGGCCCAAGAGCGAGCUCGUGCUUUCGAUGACCCCAACAAGAGCACCAUGGAUACGAUGGAUGACAGCGAAUUGAACUUCCAGAACCCUACAAGUCUAGGCGACAUUGAAAUCUCGCAGCCGACAAUGCUCACAGCCAAACUGAAAGAAUAUCAGUUGAAGGGUCUGAACUGGCUUGUCAACCUGUACGAGCAGGGUAUCAAUGGUAUUCUGGCAGAUGAAAUGGGUCUUGGUAAAACAAUUCAAUCCAUCUCCGUCAUGGCUUACCUCGCCGAAGUUCAUAACAUUUGGGGUCCAUUCCUGGUUAUUGCGCCGGCAUCCACCCUCCACAACUGGCAGCAAGAAAUUACCAAGUUCGUCCCCAAUAUCAAAGUUUUGCCUUACUGGGGUAACGCCAAAGACCGCAAGAUUCUCCGCAAAUUCUGGGACCGCAAGCACAUUACCUAUACCAAGGAAUCCGAGUUCCAUGUGCUGGUGACAUCCUAUCAACUUGUGGUACUUGACGCGCAAUAUUUUCAGAAAGUCAAGUGGCAGUAUAUGAUUCUCGAUGAAGCUCAGGCUAUUAAGUCAUCGCAAAGUUCGCGUUGGAAGAGUCUGCUUGGCUUCCAUUGCCGUAACCGUCUCCUGCUGACAGGUACUCCUAUCCAAAACAACAUGCAGGAGUUGUGGGCUCUUCUCCACUUCAUCAUGCCCACGCUUUUCGACUCUCACGACGAGUUUAGCGAAUGGUUUUCGAAGGAUAUUGAAUCCCACGCACAGAGUAAUACGAAGCUUAACGAGGACCAGCUAAGACGUCUACAUAUGAUUCUGAAGCCUUUCAUGUUGCGCCGUGUCAAGAAACAUGUCCAACAGGAACUGGGUGACAAGGUCGAAAAGGACGUCUUCUGUGAUCUUACCUACCGUCAACGUGCACUCUACACUAAUCUGCGAAACCGGGUUAGCAUUAUGGACCUUAUCGAGAAGGCUGCUGUCGGUGAUGAGACGGACAGUACAACACUGAUGAACCUAGUCAUGCAAUUCCGUAAGGUUUGCAACCAUCCCGACCUUUUCGAACGGGCUGAAACCAAGUCACCCUUUUCCCUCGCGCACUUUGCAGAGACCGCCUCGUUUAAUAUCAAGCAAAGCAUUGAGGACGACGGCGCGUUUUCCUUCUUGCGGUUUGUGGACACGUCGGUCGGGGAGGCGUUCAACUACUCGCAUCAAGGUGUAUUUGAGCGCGCUCUCCGUCGCCGUGGACAAACAAAUAGGUUAUCUCGUCUCAGCGUGGUUUAUGAUGAGGAUGAAUCAUCCACUGCAACUUUACCCCAUACUCUGUUCAACAUCGUCGACCGCAAUGACCGACAGGCUGUAUACGAUAUCGCAGUGGAGGGACAUAUGCGAGAAUUAAUGAAUGUCUCUCGGUCAGUAUUUGAGCAAGAGGGCCUUAACGUCAUUGAGCCUUGUGCUGGCCCCGCAGCAUCCGCGCCUCCCAUCACUCUUGUGUCCUCAGGCCAAGAAGCUUUAAUUGAGACGCAAGAUGCCCUGUUCAAUGUCCCCGUUCAGCAUGCCUUGUUUGGCACUCCUUCGAAGGCCAUGGAAGAGCAAAUUAUUGAGCAGCAGCUGGAUCCUACACCUUACUCUCUUCCUCCGAUGUUGCCUGAGCCAAUUUCAACUAAGGGUCGCUAUACCCAUAUUGAAGUACCCUCUAUGCGACGAUUCGUCACGGAUUCUGGCAAGUUAGCUAAGCUGGAUGAACUCCUGCGUGAACUGAAGGCUGGCGGUCACCGUGUGCUUCUUUACUUCCAAAUGACGCGCAUGAUCGAUCUCAUGGAGGAGUACCUAACCUACCGCAACUACAAGUACUGCCGCCUGGAUGGAAGCACAAAGCUGGAAGAUCGUCGAGACACAGUGGCGGAUUUCCAGCAACGUCCCGACAUCUUCGUGUUCCUUUUGUCUACUCGUGCUGGUGGUCUGGGUAUCAAUCUAACUGCUGCGGACACUGUCAUUUUCUAUGACUCUGAUUGGAAUCCGACAAUCGACUCGCAAGCCAUGGACCGAGCACAUCGUCUGGGUCAAACCAGACAAGUUACAGUUUACCGACUCAUCACCCGCUCCACUAUCGAGGAGCGCAUCCGCAAGCGAGCCUUGCAAAAAGAGGAGGUACAACGGGUUGUCAUCUCAGGUGGUGCAGCCGGCGGUGUUGACUUCAACACCCGCAACCGCGAUAGCAAAACAAAGGACAUUGCUAUGUGGCUGGCCGAUGACGAACAAGCAGAGCUUAUCGAGCAAAAGGAAAGGGAAGCCCUUGAGCGAGGUGAAACAUUCGGUGCUUCAAAAGGCGGCAAGAAAAAUGCCCAGAAAAGAAAGAGAGAUGUCACAUUGGAUGAUAUGUAUCACGAAGGCGAAGGAAAUUUUGAUGAUGCUAGUGCCAAACCGUCAGGAGCUGCGACUCCUGUAUCAACAGCAGAGAAUAUUGGAACGCCCUCGGCUAGUACGCCUGUUCCCAAACGGGGUCGGGGCCGAGGGGGAAAGGGAACGGCCAAACGAGCAAAGACAACCAAAGAACGACUACGUCUAAUAGACGGCGACGGCGGCUUGGGUAGUGGGUAG